AUGAAACCCACCACGAGUUUGAAAGCUUCCACAGGUUCUUUGAGAGCUGGCUUCUCGAGCAAAACCAGUACCCGCAAGAACUGGUGUCCGCUUCAAGGACAGUCCAGGAAGAGUCCGUCGUGGAAGAGCAGUCUUGAGGAUGCUUUUCUAUGGAUUGGAGGAUGGAGGCCGAGCAUUACUUAUCACUUGUUGUAUUCGAAGUCAGGGUUACAACUCGAGGCCAGACUCGCUGAGUUGAUUAGAGGACUCAGCACGGGUGACUUGGGAGACCUCUAUCCAAAUCAGCUACACCAGGUGAAUGAAUUGCAGAAGGAUACUAUAAGAGAGGAGAGGGAGAUUACUGAGAAACAUGCCAAGUUACAGGAGACUGUGGCUGACCCGUCCAUGGUGGAGCUGUCCCAUGUAGUGACUGAGUUAUUGAGGGAGGAGCGUGCCAGUGCGGUGGAGGACAGCCAAGUCGAGGCAACUCUGACUUCGAAGGAGGACCGUUUGGUGGAAGUUAUGCAAACGGCUGAUGAUUUAAGGCUGAAAACUCUCAAACAAGUCGUUGAAGUUCUAACUCCAGCCCAGUCUGUCCAUUUCUUCAUUGCCGCAGCGGAGCUGCACUUGAGGAUUCAUGAAUGGGGUAAAAAGCUUGAUAACCAGAACCAUACCACCAACUCGCCGGACUUGGCAAACGGUGAUGGCCACAGCCAGUAA